AUGCUGCUGCUGCUGCUGAUGAUGAUGGUGCUGAGGCAGCAGCAGCAGCAGCAGAAGCAGCAGCAGCAGCAGCAGCAGAAGGAGCAUCACCACCAUCACCAGCAGCACCACCACCAUCACCAUCACCACCAUCACCACCAUCACCAGCACCACCAUCACCAGCAGCACCAGCAGCAGCAGCAGCACCAGCAGCAGCAGCAGCAGCACCAGCAGCAGCAGCAGCAGCAGGAGCAGCAGGAGCAGCAGGAGACCUCGAUGCUGAGUCUGUAUGAGCCAGUUGAUAUGACGGUGAUGGAUGCGGUGAGUUUGCUGCAGCCGGAAGCAGCAGCAGCAAUCAAGCGCAGCAGCGCAUGCAUGCGGCCGCAGCUGCUGCAGCAGGCGUUCACAAAACUACCAAAAGAAACACAGCUGCUGCUGCAGGAUAUUGGGGCCCUUGCUGCUCUGCCGCAGCAGCAGCAGCAGCAGCAGCAGCAGCAGCAACAGCAGCAGGAAGCGACACCACAAACCACCAGCAGCACUAGCAACAACAAUAACAACAGCAGCAGCAGCAGCAGCAGGAGAAACAGCAGCAGCAGCUGCAGCAGCGAAGACAAAGGAUGCGUUUCUUUAUUGAUAGAAAGCGAGGGGCCCCCCGUUUUAGGCAGCAGCAGCAGCAGCAGGAGAAACAGCAGCAGCAGCUGCAGCAGCGAAGACAAAGGAGGCGUUUCUUUAUUGAUAGAAAGCGAGGGGCCCCCCGGGGGGCCCCCCAUCAACGACCUGGGGUCGGUACCCAGGGCCCCCCUGAGCCCCUACACCCGCCGGCUACCCCCCAUAAGAAAAUCAGCAGCAGCAGCAGGAGCAGCAGCAGCAGCAGCAGGAGCAGCAGCAGCAGCAGCAGCAGCAGAAGCAGCAGAAACAAUACCGCAUGCAGCUGUACCCACUGGGUUGACGAAUACAGCUGCAGCGGGGGGCCCCCCCGCAGCAAACCCUUCGGUCUUUGGGGGGCCCCCCGGGGGGCCCCUCGGGGGGCCCCACGGGGGGCCCCUCCCGUCUAGCUCUCUUUAUACUGCUAUUGGAACAGCAACAGAAGCAACAACAGCAACUGCAGCAGCAGCAACAGCAGCAGCAGCAGCAGCAGCAGCAGCAGAGCCUCGGGUUUCUCCCUGGCUGGAUAUGGCGUCUCCUAGCCCCUCGUACGAACCCACAGCAGCAGCAGCAGCAGCAGCAGCAGCAGCAGCAACAGCAGCAGCCGCAACAGCAGCAGGAGGUGAUGGAUUAUAUCAUUCUUCUGGGGGCCCCCCGUCUUCCUCUUUUCCUCCGUGUGAAGGGGGCCCCUGGGCAGAUGUAUUGGGGGCCCUUGGGGGCCCCCCAAGCAACAGCAGCUCAUCUAUAGGGGCCCCCACUUCAUCAGCAUCAGGUGGGUCCGAUCAGUGGGGGCCCCCCUCAACAGACAGCCCCCCCUCCUCUACACCUUCUACAGCAUCGUCCACAAAUAGUUUUACUUGGGGGGCCCCCCCCAGGUGGCAACCAGAGGGUACAGAGGGUACAGAAGGGUAUUUCAUAGAUACCCAACACAUACCAACCGAUACAUUCAAUGGGGGGCCCCCAAGGGGGCCCCCUGUGGGGGGGCCCCCAGGGGGACCCCUAAGAGGGGGCGGAGGGCCAGGAGGGGGGCCCCUCAUGGGGCCCCUAGGGGGCCCGCUGCUCGGUUCACUUGGGGGGCACCUAGGGGGGCCCCCGGAGGGGCCCCUUGGGCGGCAGCUAGGGGGGCCCCCCGAGGGGCCCCUUGGGGGGGGCCCCCAUCAUUUGGAGGGUGAAGGGCAUAGGGGCCCCUCAGAGGGGCCCCUCCUCUUCUCAGCUGCAUGCAGCGGCAGCCCCAACAGCAGCGAGGGGGCCCCCAAUGAUAUGUUAAGAAGAGGUAUAGGGGAGAACACCACUGCAGCAGCAGCAGCAGCAGCAGCAGCUGCUGCUGCUGCUGCUGCUGCUACUGUAGACAGCCCAAGGUGGGGCGGGGGGCCCUGCAGCGGUCCUCUGUACCCUUCAUCUGGUGACUCGGAGGGGCCCCCUGCUUCCUCUCCCCCUUUCUCAGCAGCAGCAGCAGCAGCAGGAAGAACAACAACAGCAGCAGCAGCAGCAGCAGCAGGAGCAGGAGCAGCAGGUUCUCCCGCAAGCUCUAUUCUAUCACCUUCUCUAGGGGGGCCCCCCAGGGGCCCCUUCUCCUCCUUGGGGGCGGGGGCCCCCACAGAUGCUUUCUCUCUUCCGCUUUCGUCAGGGGGGGGGGAGAGAGCUUGUUGGGGGCCCUCCUCUCUAGGGGGCCCCAGGGGGGCCCCCCUUCCGUACCCACACCGACCGACGCAGCCAACUGCAACAGAUGCAGUGUGGCUGCUACCUUCUUAUAAAUUUCUACAGCAGCAGCAGCAGCAACAGCAGCAGCAGCAGCAGCAACAGCAGCAGCAGCAGCAGCAGCAGCAGCAGCAGCAGGAUACUAAAAAUUCCGCUCAAUAG